ACGCGACGCUAACUACAUGGAAUUAAACUUCUACAAUGGUCGCUAUACAGGCGCUGACUCGACGCAAUUUACUGAGCUCUUUUGUGACUUUCCCGUGAGCUAUGAGUCGACGACGGUCAUUACCAACUCACAGUUCGCGAAAUGCGGUCUCUCGGCACAGCACUCACCACAACCACCACCUUAUCGUGAGCCAACACCACCGACCCCGCCACCGAUCUCGCAAAUGCCAACGCGCGAUUCGCGCUACCUCGCAAUGCAAACCUCUGGCGAAGGUGGCGUCUCCCUGUCGGCACCAGCGACACCUUCGCGCGGUAAGGUUGUGCUCAGCAAAAAGGAACGCAAGGAGUUGAGCAAAUUGAAUGCGCGUUUGGGUGUGUAUGAUGGCAGCGAGCAUGCGGGAGGCAGUGCAAGUGCGCAGUCUAGUCCCUACAAAGGUCGCGUGUCUGAGCUGAAGAAUUGCUUAGCGCGUGGUUUAUUUGCAUCGCUCAGUCGCGGUUCGCAGAAGUCGCUUGCAGCUAGUAGCGUGACGCAGGAUGAUGUCACAUCCUCGUCGAAUGAGGUUUCCCCACCGCCACCGGCGCCACCUGAUGCCAGCCCACCGAACUCGAAUGCUUCGAAUAAUAACGAUGCGGACUACAGUGAGAAACUGAAGAACUUACCGGUGCGUCAGCGUAAGACACACGUGUCCCAUAUGGACAAUUACUGUUUAUUCGAUCCCGUUGAUUUUAUUAAUGAGAAAGCUAUGCGUCAACGGACACAUGAGCAGUUAGGUGGCAUGUUCGAGCCAUCACCAGUACAUGGUCUACGUGAUCCGUUGUUUAGUUCGCGUCAAAACCUGAAUUUUAGUGAAGAAGAAAUUGUGCCCGAAGUGAUUUACAAUGAGGAAUUGCCGGCCGAGGAAGACACACUCGUUGUAGAGGUGACGUUCGAGGAGGCGUGCGGCGGUGAUGCGAAUACUGCGAAUUUUGAUCAUCACAACUACUUUGUCAUCGAUCCAGAUGAUUUUGAAGAUGAACCCAUAGCCGACAUUGGCAUACCAAAUCCUUACACUAAUGAACAAUUGGUACAUGCUAACUUAGAGGCAUUGGCGGUGCAGACCGUUCCAAAUACUGUCGAGCCCAUGUUACGUGAGUCCGCCAGUUUUGAGCAGCUACUCGAAGUUCUCGAUGCAGCGCCAAGCAUGUCGAAUAGCCAGGAGUCAAAGGACACAAAUACCACCGCCUCCACCGCCACAACUACAUCAACUGCCCUCGUAGAAUCUUCCACCUCAACCAACUCAACGAGCUCAUCCACCUCAGCGACGUCUUCACAAACUACGUUACAACGCACAAAAAAGCGUUUAACCUUCUUGAAUCUUUCACCGUUUCGCUUGUCGAAGCAUUCGUCUGCUAACGCCAGCACAGACAACGCAAGUGAUAAGCGCGGCAAGCGUUCCGCGGGCAAUGACAAUAAAAUGAACAGCUCCUCUAUUUCCGAUGGUGCCGGUGUAUUAAGCAUCGAACAGCGUGCCGUCUCGGAGCUCGUCAGUUCGGAACAUAUGCUUCAUUUGCAGCAUAUGUUGCUUGAUGGUAAGGAACAUUUACGCGCGCGUACCGUGCCAAUCGAAUCGAAUUAUGUGCUAUUCAAUCCGGGUCCAGUGCCAAGUCGUAAUGUGCCGUAUAAAAUACGUAAGCCGCGACCUCUGUCCUCGCACAGUGAUGCAGAUAGUGGCUUCUUGAGCCCCUGCUCGCCCGACGAGCUGUCGGCUUUGAAGUUUAAUUCGGCGAUUUUGGUGCUCCAACAAUGCGACAGCGUACAAGGAUACAUUGAGAUUUACACCGACUGGGCCAACUACUAUCUCGAACGUGCCAAAUCCAAAAAGAAAGUCACCGAUUUGUCAACAGACUGCCGCGAUGGUCUGCUACUCGCGGAAGUCAUUGAAGCGGUGACGUCGUUUAAAGUGCCAGACUUGGUGAAAAAGCCGAAAAAUCAGCAACAAAUGUAUGACAACGUUAACUCGUGCCUGAAUGUGCUGCGCACACAGGCGGUUUGUGGCUUGGAUAACAUAACCACCAAUGACAUUUGUGCCGGCCGUUUGAAGGCAGUCUUGGCGCUCUUUUUUGCGCUCAGCCGCUACAAACAACAAUCAAAGCAACUGUCGACGAGCACAACACCAAAUGCGAACGUUGUAUUGGGCACAACAAAUACGACGACCAACAAUACAAACUCCGCUGCUACAACAAACAAUACAGCGGCUACAGGCGCGACGACUGGCGCUAGUAAUCAACAGCAGCAGCAAAACCAGCAGCAGCAUCUGCAGAACGGCAAUGGAACCAUGUUGAAUAGACAAAUACCCACCGCUUACUCCAAGGCCAAUGGUGGCACUGCCAUACCGCUGCCCGCCACUGUUAUGGUGCAACGCCGCUGCCCACCGGACAAAGUACGACCACUGCCACCGACACCCAAUCACACGCCAUCCAUACCCGGUUUAGGAAAAAGUGGCGUUGACUUUAAUAGCGGGCGACCGAGUAGUCCACCAACAACUAAUCAUACCAUACAAAGUCUGAAAACUGGCAAUAACAAUGGCUUACGCCCGCCAACGGCUAAAGCAACGCAUGCCAGCGGCAUACCGCCACCGAGUGGCAUACCCGCUGCCGGCGGCAAUAUGGGACCAACGCUGCCACAGCAAAAGCACUCCAUGCUUGACAAGCUCAAGUUGUUCAAUAAAGAGAAGCAACAACAACAGAACGCAGCUAAUGCCGCCUCCACUAAAAUGCAGGUGCAAUCGAAGCGCACAUCCUCAUCUUCGGGUUUCUCAUCGGCGCGCUCCGAACGCUCGGACUCUUCGCUGAGCCUCAAUGAUGGCCACAUAUCACAGAUCAAGCCACCAGCGGUCAGUGUAACAUCUGGCAAGAGCAAAAUCAACACCAAACAAUCCAAACUGAUGGCAGCACAGCUAAAGAAAGAGCAGACGAAAGUCAGCAAACUGGACAAGAAGGAAAAGAGUCCAGCGCGCUCGCUAAAUAAGGAGGACUUCAGCGGUGAGAGCCGCAACUCAACAAUGGGACGCGCCAAAAACUCACUGCCGCGUGUUACCGAAAAGAAUUCGCUGAAAUCGUCUUCAAAGGGCUCACUUAAUUCCAAGUCAGACUCUAAGUCCUCAUUGAUAGUGCCACCCACGAAGGGACUCUGCAGCCCCAAUGGCUCAAACACCGGCCUGCCCAAACCAAUUGCCGCCAUAAAAGGCACAAGCAAAUUGCCGCAAUCGCCUUUGGGUGGCGUUGGUGGUAGCAGCGACAAUCGUGGCCGUGGCAUGAGCAACUCAAAUUCGCAGCAGGAGAUGAUGAAGCGUGAAAGGAGUGACAUAUCAAGCAUGCAUGCAAACAUAUCUAGUGAGAGCGCCAAAGCGAAAGAACUAACACAACAGCAGCAACAGCAACAUCAACCACAUAUCGUAAAACCGGUGCCGAUAUUACCGGAGCCGGGCAGCAAGCCACCAUAUUACGCUAACGCCACAAACAUAUCACAGCAACAGCAACAUCAACUGCAGCUACAACAACAACGUCAGCAGCAAUAUCAACAGCAACAGCAAGCUUAUUACAAUCAACAGCAGCAGCAACAGCAACAACAAGAGCACGCCACAUAUGUGAACAACAGUCGUCUGCCGCCACCUAAAUCCGCCACUUCGCCUACUGGCAACGCGCCAACUGCGCGCAAACUUGAAUACAAUGCCGGUCCCGGUAUACUCGCGUCGCCACAGCGCUCACCGCUACGCGGUCACGCGCAAUCACCUGACUCGCCGUCCGCACAUCAGCACCAUCACGCGCACUCGAACGCCAAGUUCCACACAAUACCCUCCAGAAUAGACACAAUCUAUGAGGAGAAGAAACCGACAAGCCUGCUGCCGAUGCCACCGUUACUGCGUGGCUACAAUUCGCAUGUGACACUGCCGACGCGGGGCGUACGUGGCGGUGGCACACGCAAUUAUGUGACCGACUUCAUGGAAGCGGAAAUAAAUCAGGGUUACUGCAGCGAUGGCGAUUCGUUGAGAGUGAGCGCCUCAGCGCGGUUAGCGCAACGCGCAGCCGCAACUGCGAGACGCUAUCACGACAUAGAUAACGGCUAUUUGUCGGAAGGCAGUGGCAGUGUUGGACAUCAUGGUAUGCUCAUGGCUGGCGGUAUCAGUUCGGCGGCGCAUACCAAACACUUCUUGAGCAUGAUGCGCGCGAGGACCCAACUACCGACGACCAUCGAAGAACGCAUACGCAACAGCCGUGGCAGUCUCGAUAGCAUCGGCACCGCACCACCUUCAUCUGCUGCCUCACAGGCCAGCUCAAGCGGUGGCUCGAACCCUAAAAUGGACAGCAACAGUGGUGGCGGUGGAGGUGGCGGCGGCGGUUCUGGUAACACCAGCGCCAAUGCAAGUCCACAACAUCACACACAUGCUCAGCACGCGCAACACAUGCAGCACCAUUCCGCUGGUGUGGUUGGCGUACAUCGCUCGAAUUCACGAAAUGGGCGUGACAACUGGACGAAAAUGCCGGAACCACUGAACGGACACAAUAAAGGUGAAAAAUCUGAAAAGUCAUCGCCGUCAAGGCGCAGCAUGGGCGGUGGCAGUGGUAGCUCUUCCAAACAAAGUUCACCAUCGAGUCGCACUAAGGGUGUACCGCCCAGUUUUGGCUAUGUAAAGCGCACGAAUGGGAGCGCUACAGCAACAGCGGAACAACAGAAUAUCGCAAUGAUGGGCGCAGCCUUGAUGAACGCAGGCGGUGGUCAGCCAAAUGGCGGUGCUGGUGGUUCGCCUGGUGGUAUGUGUGGCGGCGUUGGACGCACAGCACACGUUUCAGCAGUGCCGCGUACUGCCACAGGUGCGGGAGGACGAAAAGUUUCUGGCGGAACUCAGACGUUGCCCAACGAUAUGACAAAGCUUCCUCCGAACACUCAACAUCGUAGCUUUUCUUUAACUGGACCCGGCGCAACACAGCUCAGCCAAUCAAUACGCGAACGCCUUGCUACUGGAUCGCACAGUUUACCCAAGCCGGGCACAGACUUACAUUUAUUUCAACACAGAAUAUCAAAUCGUCCUGGCAAAAUGAUCGAUGGCUCACUCUCGGACACGCAAACCUACGCCGAAGUCAAGCCCGAGUAUAGCACAUACGCCAUGUGGCUGAAGCACAGCAACACGGCGGGCAGUCGUCUAUCCGAGGGCGAUUCGCUGGAGAAUAUGCAAAUCGGUUCGCCGGCCAUGUCACGCCACAGCCAUAAAAUGUUGCAACAUCGUAAUGCCGCCGCAGCCGUUGCAGCAGCGGCCGCAGCUGCAGCCGCACAGGGCAGUGGCAUGCAGCAAGCGUGCGGUGCUGGUGGUGGCGCUGGUGUGGCGGCCACCGGUGCGGGCAAUGAGUCGCCAUAUGUGCAGAGCCCACGACUGAAUCGCAGCAACAGCAUUAGAUCCACCAAAUCGGAAAAAAUGUACCCUUCGAUGUUGAGUCGCGGCCCCGAUGUCGAAAUCGAACCCUACUACUGCCUGCCUGUGGGCACAUUAGCCGCACAAAAUGGCUCGUUGGCAGCGCAAAUGGCCGCUGCAGCAGCGGCAGCAAUGUCACAGGUGACUGGACAGCCAACAGCGAGUGCUGGCGGCGCCCCCGUAGCCUGGAGCCAACCGACUUCACCCACACCCAUUAGUCGCGGCUUCGGUGGCACACUCUCACCGACACAUCCAGCCGGCUUGCCUGGUCUGGUUGGCCUCGUGGGUGCGCCGGGCAGCGCCAACGCCAAUGUGGCAAGUCACCGUCUCACAUAUCCCAAGAAGAAUGAUGAGGUGCAUGGCAGCGCUGCAUCGUUGCUCUCCGGUGGCAGUUCGUUGUACGGAUCAGCUGAGGAGCGUCAAGCGAACGAGAUACGUCGCUUGAAGCGUGAAUUAUUGGAUGCGCGCGAACAGGUGCUGAGCUUGAGCAGUCAACUGUCAACAAAUGCUCAUGUGGUCGCCGCUUUUGAGCAGUCGCUCUCCAACAUGACGUCGCGCCUGCAACAUCUGACCGCGACGGCCGAGCGCAAGGAUGGCGAGCUAACCGACAUGCGGCAAACAAUCGAGCUGUUGCGCAAGCAGUCCAUACAAGCAGGUCUUACUUCGGCGCAUAUGCAAAGUAUGGGCGUGCAGACGCAACAACAUGAACAACUCGGCCGCACCGCCAUCACCCAGCAGCCGAUGUCAAAUCAAAAUGGCAUUACUAAUGGCACAGCGUCAUCGACGCCAUCAUCUACUGCAACCGGUAUUAUGCAACGCCACCACAGCUCCGAUUCGAUGUGCUCUUUGAAUUCGAUCAGUUCCGGCUGUUCGGCGCAGGAUAAAAAGCAGAAGAAAAAGGGUUGGUUACGUAGCUCCUUCACCAAAGCAUUCUCACGCAAUGCCAAAAUAUCAAAGACUAGUCGGCACGCCGGUCAUCAUCAUGUCGGCGCAGCCGGCAGCACUGCCAAUAAUGUCGGUGGUCAGGUAAUGCACAGCUUACAUGGCGACAACAACACAGUUUAUAGCAAAGUUAAUGGUCAUAGUCACGCCGAUGCCGUUGUUGGUUUGGCUGCGUUGGCUACACAGCCUGCGCCGCCGCUGCCCGCAGCCAAUGCCUCGCCGACGAAAGGCAGUCCGGCAAAGACUGUGACAUUGAUAGAUAAUGCAAAACCGAUCGACGCAAUCGAUCAGGAGGAUCAUCAAGUAGUGGAAGACCUGAAGAAGCAAUUACGUGAGAAGGACUUAGUGUUAACCGAUAUUCGUUUAGAGGCGCUCAGUUCAGCAUCACAAUUGGAGAGUCUCAAGGAGACGGUAAAUAAAAUGCGCGCCGAGAUGAUGUCGUUGAAACAAAAUAAUGAACGCUUGCAAAAACUGGUAACUAGCCGUUCAUUGGCGGGCUCAGAGGCUUCGUUGGGUAAUGCCAUUAGUCCAAGCGGUUCCAUUGGUGAGUCACGACGUUACUCUUUAGCCGAUGGUAAUGCGCGGCCACCAAUGGAGUUGCCAAAGCGUUUGGAAGAGGAAGUCGAAGAGGAGAACAUACCGCCAGCACCAGCACCUGAACCACCACCGCCGCCACUAAGUCCCUCCACACAUAUCGAUCUUACGCCACCGCCACCCGCACUCGACACCAUUCCCAGCCCAGCGCAUAUUGCAUCCGCUGCGGUUGAGGAGCUGCCUGAUGUGACUGAUGGUAAAAAGAUCGCAAUCGCUUGUUAUCUGGGACAGCCAGAGUCAUUUGUUAAGUACUGUGAAGAGAUGCUUGAAGCAGAUGAGUUCUAUGCAAAUGGCGUCGAUGCGGAUGGCAUCAAUGAGCGUAAGUCCUUUCCGACAGCCAGUUUAAACGAAUUUGUCGUCGCCUAUACAUACAUCUCGGGAAAGACCACUUGGCAGAAUUUAGACUAUAUCGUGCGCAAGACUUUCAAAGAUUAUGUGUCGCGCAUCGACCCCGGCACCAAUUUGGGUUUGAAUACAGACUCAAUAACAUCCUAUCAUUUGGGUGAGGCAAAGCGUGGCCCGGAAAUGGGCUUUCCCGAAUUGUUGCCUUGCGGUUACAUUAUCGGCAAUGUGCGCACGCUGUAUAUCUGUCUGCAAGGUGUGGGUAGUCUCGCCUUCGAUAGCUUGAUACCACGCAGCAUCGUGCAUCGCUACAUUAGCUUGCUGACCGAACAUCGACGUUUGAUCCUGUGCGGCCCUAGUGGCACAGGUAAAUCCUAUUUGGCACGCAGGUUAGCGGAAUUUUUGGUAGCGCGCACAGGACGUGGCAAUCCCUCCGAAGCGAUUGCGACAUUUAACGUCGAUCAUAAGUCUUCUAAGGAGCUGCGACAAUAUUUAGGCCAUAUAGCCGAACAGGCAGCCAUUGCGAAUGGCGCUUCCGAACUACCAUCUGUGAUCAUAUUGGAUAAUCUACAUCACGCUUCAGCUUUGGGUGAUGUUUUUUCGUGCUUGUUAAGCGCGGGUCCUGCCGGAAAGUUGCCCUGCAUAAUUGGCACCAUGUCGCAGGCCACUUGCAAUACAACCAAUCUGCAAUUACAUCACAAUUUCCGUUGGGUACUCACUGCCAAUCACAUGGAACCGGUAAAAGGCUUCCUUGGCCGCUUUCUGCGUCGCCGUCUUUUCCAACUUGAACUACAGACUGGCCAUCCACAACCCGAACUAGCCACUGUGCUGGCAUGGUUGCCCGGCGUUUGGCAGCACAUAAAUCGCUUCUUGGAAGCGCAUAGCUCCAGCGAUGUAACCAUCGGCCCACGCCUCUUCCUCGCCUGUCCGUUGGACUUGAAGGACUCACAGGUGUGGUUUACCGACAUCUGGAACUAUCACUUAUCACCAUAUCUGGUGGAGGCGGUACGCGAGGGCGUACAACUGUAUGGACGACGUGGUGGCGCCUGGAAUGAUCCAUCGAUUUUCAUACGCAACUCAUACCCAUGGCCAUAUGGACCCGAUUCAGUACCACCGCUUCGUCAAAUCAAUGCAGAUGAUGUCGGACUGGAAGGUGUGGCGGCCAGCAAUGGUGAUAACCCGGAUCCACUGUUGAACAUGCUUAUGCGUCUACAAGAGGCUGCGAAUUACUCCGAGAACCAAGAGCAGGAGUCUGAUUGUGCGAGCUUAGACUCGAAUGUUACACCCGACAGCUCGGCGGGCGCUGAGUAAGCGCCAGUUUAGUAUCAUGGAAGUGCAGUUAGCGGCGGCAACGGACUUUGAGUCCUUAUGUAGUAAACUAAUCAAACACUAAAUACCUACUUACCUAACUAUAAACAAACAUUAUACAUACAUAUUCGCUAAAAAUCAAACAUUCAUAUGCAUGGCUUUGUAUAUUUGUAAGAAUAUUUAUGUGCGUAUUGGAUAUUUUGUAAAUCAUGAAGUUAAACGCGACUUUUGUUUAGGGAAUGCAACACUGAUUUUAACUGCCAUUUAGAUAUACAUAACUACAUAUAUAUAUGAUUUAUAUGCCAUAUAUACGUGUGUAAUUUAUAAUCUAGUGUAAAAAUCAAAUCAUAGCCAAGCACUCUUUGCUCAAUCUUGGGGAAUUAAAAUGUGAACAAGUAUUUUAUAUUAUU